AUGGAGGGCAACCACAGCAGAAGCCCCGGGCCUAGGCCUGCUGAGGUGAAGGCCGAAUCCUGCCAUGGGGCCUGGAGAACCACAGUCUUGCUGCUGCUGCUGGCGCUGGCCACUGCGGGGGCUGUGACCGGAGGACUGCUUGGCUUUGCUCACAACCCGCCCAAGCCACUGCUGCAGAUGCUCCGACUGACCCUCCCCAGCACCCCAGGGCCCUGGUCCAACCAAACUACCCUAGUGGAUGUGGCCAGGAACACGGCAACCAUCAUAGUGACGCCGCCACAGAGCAACCAUAGCUGGGCUGUGCUGUUUGACGGGCAGAGCGGCUGCAUCUGUUACCGCCCUGCGGAGCACAGGGCCUGCUUCCUCCGCCUGAUGGAGGCCCAAGAUCGGGAGACUCUGCGCUUGCUGGUGAACAGUUCCAGGGCCCAAGGACCCCGCAUGCCUGGCCAGGACACCCAGCAUGCACAGGAGCUGCUAGCAGUGCUUGGGGAUCGUGCCGUGGACCCUGCCCUGGUGGGGGCUCCAGUGCAGCACCUUUGUGGGAAGACUCCCAUCUACUGGGCCCAACGGGCAGAGGGGCCCCAGAGGCAGCGACUGAUCUAUCUCUGCAUCGACAUCUGCUUCCCGAGCAACAUCUGCGUGUCCGUCUGCUUUUAUUACCUCCCAGACUAA